GUGGAUGUAUUCACUUCCGGUGGGAUUCACAAUGAAGUCUCUUUCUUUAGGUGUUCCAAGAAUAAAAAAUGCCUCCACCUUUUCUGAUCGAAACAUGACGUACUCACCCUAAAUACCAGGAAACAAAGAUAAAGGUAACUCAGUCACGACGGCCUUCAGGAAUAAUCUAAGAAUGGCGGGACUCGUGUUUCUAACUAUUCUCUCAAUCGUUUAUGCUGCAGAUCAAGUUAAGAAAUGUCAUGACGUAAAUGAGAUUGCGUGCCAGAAAAUGUUUGCCAAGCGGAGGGAUAUGUGUGACGACCCCUGUAUCGCCAACAUCUGCAAGGACACCUGUCGAUAUUGUCCGGUUACAUGUUAUCACUGCAACGAAGAAAGUACACCGGAAGGCUGUACCAAAGUCCAACAAUGCUUGACGACAAACCAGCUUUGCAUAGCAGCAGAGAGAUAUACAACAGAUUUUCAUUCAACUUACACUUCCGGUUGCGCAGAAAAAGAGCUCUGCCACAGUCUUUUCGGUUUUGAUUCCACCAAACGUGAAGUGGAAGCAACGCUCAACGAAAGAUCGUAUCAUUUACAUGGCGGAUGUUGUGACUCGAAUCUUUGUAACAUGCAUGAUCCUUCUAAUGUGACAUCAACCAUAGACCCAUCAAGUCGUCCACCGAAACCAACAGGAACUAAUCCCUUACUUGGCAAUACAACACACCAAGAGAUAAAGGUCUGUGAAGAGAAUGAUCUGGAUACAGAGGCCUGUCGUCUGCUCAACUCUACAGAUCCCACCAUCUGUCAGAACAACUGUAUUGCCGCCACGCUAUGUCCAUCUUUCUGUGGAACUUGUCUUCAUUGUAGAGAUUGUAAAUCGGUUCCUGAUCCCGGUUCCUGCAACAAUACUACAUUAUGUAAGAAAAAUCAGCAAUGUGUAACAAUUGAGCGUCUAGAUUCAAACUUACAACUGUCUAUUGUCUUGGGAUGCAUGGACUCAAAGAUUUGUACUGCAUACUUUAGCGGUAGAACAGGUGGUCCAGGAGGUUUUGGUAAGCGUCAGUUUGGUCAAACUACACUCAGGGGAAAAUGUUGUGACAGUGAUAUGUGUAACGAACAUGGUAUUCAAUAAAUAGUCA